AGAAUACCCUGCUAGCCGCCGUGCUGUGGCGGCUUGUCUCGCAAGUACACCAAACACACCAAACCUCAAAUCCCGACCUACAACUCCUUCAUCUACUUCCGACCUCGUCUCCUUCCCGAUACAUAAAUCUACGCUGUCUCUCAAGGCAACCACAUGGCCCCUCGUGAAUAGCGCCGCGAACCAUUCACGAAGAUUCCUGCCGCCGAACUCAACGCUUGAUACCUACCUAGGCACCUAUAACACGUAACUUCAAUAUGGCGCCCAACGGCUCGGCUAUUACGGGCCAGUUGAGGCAGUUGGUUUACUAUCACCUCGACAAUAUAUCUUACGACAACGCCCUCUUCUUUGCCGAACGAUUAGCUUCACAUGACCACGGAUCAAGCGAACCGCAGUAUCUCCUUGCUCUCUGCUAUUUCCGACUCAGUGACUAUCACACAGCUUAUGACAUUAGCAAACCCGUCGCCGCUAGUGGGGGCAACGUUUCCUGCUCAUACAUAUUUGCCCAAUGCUGCCUCGAGCUUGGACAAUACAAGGAUGGCAUCGUAGCGCUAGAGAAGUCUAGAGGUUCAUGGUCACGGAAAUCUAGCUUGGGGAAGUAUGGGGCAACAAGUCGGGCGCUGUACCCGGAUAGUGCAAGUACCGCUUGCUUGCUCGGGAAACUUUACAAGGCAUACGAUGACAAGACAAAGGCGAGUCUUAACUUUGAAGAGGCGUUGAAGAUAAAUCCAUUUAUGUGGGACGCGUUCACGGCUUUGUGUGAUAUGGGUGUCCCUGUUAGGUCGCCUAACGUUUUCAGAUUGAAUGAGACGUUGGUAGAGAGCUUAAGCAUGGACCCAAUGAACGGGGUCUCAUCGGAGCAGAAGGACGGUAGUGUAGCUAUGCCGACUGAAAUUCAGCCUAAGAAGACGUCGUUUCGAUCUACGAUUUUCGAAUCGACAGGGGAUCCUUUCGAUCCUCAAAGAUCAACAGAUGGGAAUGGAAUGGCCCUCGGCUCCAACUUUUUACCCAGCGAGAACGACUUCAUGUCUAAAAUUAACGCAACUCGUUCUAAGGUGAUGACUACUACUGAGUCGGGCUUGGAUCAUAUGGAAACACCGAUAUCCAACCAUCACGAUUCGAACAUCCCUCGGAUGAAUCAUCAACCAGAACCUCCUCAGGCGCCUACUCGGAGGACAAAGAAUGCGCAAUUGCUCGAUUCUAACCAGGUGGACGUGCCACCAAAGCUGGGGUAUCGGGCAGGUACUAAGAGAGGCCAGAAAUUGCAGGACAAAGCUCAAGAAGAUAUCAUAACAGAGUCUAACCCCACUCUUAGAGGAUCAGGCCCAGGUGUGUCUGGGAAGAGGACUGUAUCUGGUGCCUAUGUCCAACCCAGACAACAUCAUUCAGAAGAACCUGGAGCUCCGCAGAGACGGAGUGCAAGGUUAAACUUACCCAGGGGCGGAAACGCGAAGGCCAACUCCGCAGCAUCGGCCGUCGGCGCCUCGCGGGACUAUAAAAAGGUCAGGCCCCAUGCAUCAAGGAUCGUACGUCCUAAUUCGAGUGGUUCCAACGUCGGUAGAGCCGUGAGCGGAAAUAGAAAGCCACUGGAGGAGAAUACUAUGGAUGUAGACCACGCCGAAGCACCACGAAUCAAAGAGGUUCGACCUCAACCCUCAAUCAUAAAAUCAGCAGAACCGGAGUCCGUAAAGGUCGAGGAGACACUGAAAUAUCUCUUGGAAUUGUUGAAGAAAUUCGGCUCUGGGUACCUCGCGCUAUCUCAAUAUCGGUGCGCGGAGGCUAUAACCUCAUACAAUCUGUUACCACGGCCACAUCGGGAGUCCCCGUGGGUGUUGUCGCAAAUGGGGCGGGCUUACUAUGAGCAGGCAGAAUACGGGGAGGCGGAGAAGUACUUUAGGAUGCUACGUGGCCGCCGUCCGACUCGCCUCGAGGAUAUGGAAGUAUACUCGACGAUUCUCUGGUUCCUCAAAAGAGAGACCGAUCUUUCUUUUCUCGCUCAUGAUCUGGUUGAAUUGUCGUGGCAUUCUCCUCAAGCCUGGUGUGCGCUCGGGAAUGCUUGGUCACUCGCCCGAGAUCACGAACAAGCAUUGCGAUGUUUUAAACGAGCAACUCAGCUAAACCCUAAGUUUGCGUAUGCGUUUACUCUUCAAGGCCACGAACAUGUUGCGAACGAGGAGUACGAGAAAGCCCUCACAGCAUACCGACAGGCGAUAUCAGCCGACCGACGGCAUUACAACGCGUACUACGGCAUAGGACGAGUCUACGAAAAGCUCGGUAAUUACGACAAGGCUUACGUCCACUUUCACUCAGCAUCCGUUAUAAACCCUACCAAUGCUGUCUUGAUCUGCUGCAUUGGCAAUGUCCUUGAGAAACAGCGACAGAUUGUGAAGGCUCUUCAAUUCUUUACCAAAGCCACCGAACUUGCUCCGCAUGCUGCUCAAACUCGAUAUAAAAAGGCCAGGGCUCUGUUAGCCCUUAAUCAACUCGAUGAGGCCCAAAGGGAACUCGAAAUCCUGAAGACGAUGGCCCCCGACGAGGCUACGGUACAUUUUCUGCUAGGGAAGCUGUACAAGUCUCUCAACGACAAAGGUUCUGCUGUGCGGCAUUUUACCAUUGCCCUGAAUCUUGACCCGAAGGCAAGCCAUCAAAUUAAAGAAGCCAUAGAGAGCCUUGAAGAUGACGAGAGCUUUGAUGAUUCCAUGAUGGCAUGACAUUACCCCUAUGAAACGACAUAAACCCUUGCUUACGU